AUUUAGUGGCGGGAAAAGCGGCUUCUUUUUGAGACGGCGUCUGCAGGUCCUACGCGGUAUUUCUUAGAGCCAGCCAGAUGGAGAAGCCAUCCGAGGAGCAAGCGGCCGCCGAGCUCGCGGACUCCGUAGGGGAAGGCGGGCCGUCGUCGGUCGCUGACGCCCAGGCAGCGCGUCUGGAGGACCAUGUGACUCUGUUGCUCAGGCUGAGAGCACAAACCAAACAACAACUCUUGGAAUAUAAAUCAAUGGUUGAUGCACAUGAAGAAAAAACUCCAGAAGACAUCAUUCCAGAAAAGCAAAUUGAAACUAAAAUCGAAGACCUGGAAAAUGAAAUUGAAGAGGCGAAAGUUGCUUUUGAAAUGAAAAAGUUUGCAUUAGACAGGUAG